AUGGCAGCAUUACGGCAAUGUUUACGCUCAUCAAGCGCAUUAAUCAACAGCACGACCACACUACCCGCACGAGAGAUCACACUGCCGACCUUCCUCGUUCCGGCAUUCGCUGUUCCCUCAGGACAACGGACCUCCCACUUCUCCACGACAUCCCGAUCACACUCCAAAAUCGGCGCCGCACCGCUGUCCAUCCCUCCAGAAGUCACAUUUCGCACCAUUCAACCUCCUCCACCCGCCAGCAAUGCUCGCAUCAGCCGAACGCAACGCGGCGCCACGGUCGAGAUUGAAGGACCUCUGGGAAAGAUGAGCUAUCCAAUUCCGGCGUACAUGAGCGUUGAAGUGAACGAGGAUGCGAGAACGAGGACAUUAUCGAUUCAGGAUGCAGAGGAUAGGCAGCAAAGGGCGAUGUGGGGCACAACACGCGCAUACUUGCAGAACUCCAUUCUCGGCGUCAGCGAAGGCCAUGCCGCCAUUCUUCGACUUGUGGGUGUAGGAUACCGUGCCACGGUUGAGAGCACUGCGACAACGAAGUCUCCUGAGUACGAAGGCCAGAAGUUCGUCAACCUGAAAGUCGGGUAUGCGCAUCCGAUCGAGCUGGGAGUGCCCAUGGGUGUGAAAGCGAGCACGCCGCAGCCGACGAGAAUACUGCU